ACUUUUCCAGUCACGUGACGUACAGCUGUCUGAACGUCACAGCAGUCGUCGUCGGUCUGGAUAAUUCCACAUGAGCGAAAAAUGGCGUUCACAUUCGCGGCCUUUUGUUAUAUGCUGGCGUUACUGCUGACGGCGGCGCUUAUCUUCUUCGCUAUUUGGCAUAUAAUUGCAUUUGAUGAGCUGAAGACUGACUAUAAGAAUCCUAUAGACCAGUGUAACACGUUAAAUCCGCUCGUCUUGCCGGAGUACCUCAUCCAUGUGUUCUUCUGCGUAAUGUUCCUGUGUGCCGCAGAAUGGCUGACGCUUGGACUCAACAUGCCCCUGCUGGCCUAUCACAUCUGGAGGUAUAUGAGCCGCCCUGUGAUGAGUGGCCCUGGAUUGUAUGACCCCACUACAAUAAUGAAUGCAGAUAUUCUGGCGUACUGUCAGAAGGAGGGCUGGUGCAAACUUGCAUUCUACCUCCUCUCAUUCUUCUACUAUCUUUACGGGAUGAUCUAUGUUUUGGUGAGCUCUUAAACUGGAUAGAGUUUAAGAAAGCAUAUAUGGAAGCAUUUGAGAUGCUGAUUUUAAAACCCAAAUGGAGCUGAAUUUGGACUCUGCCAUCUCUCUGAGUUCUGCUCGGCUGUUUAAAAUGGACAUUGACUUGACUUCUCAUUGGCAAAGAAAGAUCCAGGAAAUCAAGCAGCCUGCACAACUCCGGAACCACACACACAAAAAUGAACGAUUACCAACCCUUCAGUACAACUAGACUAGACUCAUAUACACACAUGCCACACCAGUGCUAAAGCACUUCACACACUGAGCAUUAGUAGAUGAGAGGAAACGGUUUACAUUGACCAGAUCAUGUCCAAAGCAGAGGCACAAGGGCUUCAACACUGUACUACUGAAGGAUAUGUGCAAAGACUUUACUCUUGUGUUUUCAAACUGUAGGACAAAAUGAAGUCUUGAUUUGUAGCAUU